CAUAGCUCUUCUUCAACUCUACUCUCAGGGGAGACCAUUUCAGAGAGAUAGCGAGAGAGAGAGAGAGACAAAAAUGGACGUGAAAGAAGCAGGGACUUCGCUAGAUUCACUCAUCUCCGCCUUCAAUGCUCGCAUCGCCGAGCUUCAGCAGCUCGUCAUCGCUCGAAACAUGUAUCCUGCCAGUAGUGUCUCCGAUUUAUCUGCCGUCGACUCAGCACUAAGCGGAAUGGAGCUCCAGCUUCAGAAGAUCCGAACCCGAUUGCGUGAAGAAACUGAAGCCAUUCCCAAAGCUAAAAAGUUGAUAGAGGCAUCACUGAAACAACAGAAGAAGCUGCAAACUCUUGCAGCUAAUAUCCCAUUGAAUUUGUCUGGAAGAAUGACUUACACUACACAAGAUACGAUUAAGUGUGUCCAACCUGAACCUUGUAAAGAUGACUUGAGUUUUGAGUCUCUGAAAGUUGAGGAGCCUGCACCCAGAGAGAAAAAGGGUCGUGCCUCGCCACCACUGUGGUACCUAAGUGCUGAUGAUCUGAAUUCCUGUCCAGCGUACAUGAGAGGGAGGCUCACUCUUGAUAAGGUCAAUGCAGCAAUUAAUGACAUGGUGAUGUAUGCUGAAGCAAAUUCCCAGCUCAUCACAGCCCCUAGAAAGAAGUUGACAGAGAAUAUCAUCGAGAGAGCAAUGGAACUAAGAGAGAUUGCAGCAACAGAAGCUGUUAAGGGGAAACACUUCUUUCUUGAGUCUGACAUUAAAGGCCCUUCACUGAAGCUCGACAAUACAGGAAAAGCAAUAUUGACUGUCCUUAGACACACUGGUCGUAUUGGUGAAACUCGAAUUUCCCAUCACCGCGUAUUCCUUCUUGUAAGGCCUCAAUAAAGUUGCUAACCAUGCUUCUGUGGACAGAACUUGGCAUGAUGAUAUACAUCUUGAACAGUCGCUUGUGUAAUGAUACAAGUUCCAGUUAGUGCAACUUGAUGUAAUGGAACCCUUGCCAAAAAGAAUGGUAUGUAGUUUCCAGUAUAAAGAAUUUCAUAGAAACGAAAAUGAAACUACACUAAGUUAAAGAGUUCUGAGUUAGACUUUCUCUCGAGUAAAAGUCAAACUUACAGGUAUGUUUUAGAAUUAUGAGUCAGUCUUUCUUCUGAGUAAGAAUGAUAUUUGCGGGUGUGACCAGAGGUGAACUCGAAUAAGACUCAUAAUGUUAGGUUAUGCUCGUCUAGAUUGAAAUGCCUCAAGAGUAGAGCAAAAGGUUAUAGUAAAGUUGAAUAUUUCAACCAAGACCUCUGUUAUAUUUCGUGUAAAGAACCUAGAGAUCUGGUACAUGUCGUUUUCAAAAUUGGAUAAGGCAAUGUAAAUGGACAAAACAACAUGAGUAAUCAAAGGCAUAAAGUUCGUGAUGUAA